UGAAAAUUCGGCAUCCAGUUACUGUAGUUAAUUCUGCUAGUACGAAUACACUCAUACCAGUAGUACAAGUUACAAGUUACAACUAGCCUGUCGUUUACAGAAACGCAAGGGGAUUAUUCAAUGGCUGGUGUGAUAGUUUAAGCAACUUGCAUUCUGCAAUAGUGAUAGCGCUUUAGGCCUUUAGCCAUCAACAAGACAGAGAUAAGUAUGCAGCCUUAUGGUAGACGGAAAAACGCAGUCAUUCACCUGAUGACCUGAAUGUUCCGAGGAUAUCCCCAAAGUAAGCACAAGUUGGACUGGACCAUCUAGAGAGCAGAUAAUAAUCAAUCGCACCAACAGCGCUAGCUAGCUGCUCUGCUGCCGCCUACACGAUCCUGCCUUGCAGGCUUCAGCCUGCAGCGCCCACAAACCGGCUCGAGCGAGCGACCACGAGGCGUGCCGGGCCACACACUGCUCCCCUCGAGAGGCCGAGAGAGCCGAGCUAACGACCUCAUCGCUGACGCCACCGCACGGGGCGACCCCAACAAAAGAAAUGGUUAUCUCAACCUCCUCCCCAAAACGCCCAACUAAACAAGCAUCAGCUACUCGACCCACCUAUCUGGCCUGGCUCACUCUUUCUCCGUUUAUUUUUUAUUUACUCUUCGUAACUAAAAAUGCCAUUUCCACCACGUGGGUGAGUGCGCGCGCGGGAGGAAAGUUCAACGAAGCGUCGAAGCGAGCCCGUCCACCUAUAUAAAGCUCGCCCCGUCUCCGCCUCGGCUUACCAUUCAACUCGAACACACCACACACUGAAGUGUGUAACCAAGUUUGAGACAGAGGCGAGGUCGGGUCAGCAAGGAAGACGGCGAUGACGGCGCGAAGCAUGUUGCGGAACCACCCGGAGGCGUCGGUGCUCGACACCAUCCGGCAGCACCUGCUGGAGGAGCCGCGCGGCGGCGGCGGUGGCGAGGCGGCGGAGGCGAGCUUCGGGAGCCUGGUGGCCGACAUGUGGAGCGACUCGCUGCCGUUCCGCGACGACGACGCCGACGACAUGGUGGUGUUCGGCGCGAUGCGGGACGCGUUCUCGUGCGGGUGGCUGCCCGACGGCGUGUUCGCGGAGGUGAAGCCGGAGCCCCUGCUCUCGCCGGACUCGUCGUCGUACGACGGGUCCUCUUGCUGCUUCGGCUUCGCGGACGUGUCGGAGCCGGUGACGCCGAGCGACGCGGCGUCGGGGGCGGCAGAAGCGGCGGCCGCGGCGGCGGCGGCGACGGCGGAGCACGGGAAGGAGGAGGAGGCCGCGGCUGCGGUGGCGAGGGGGAAGCACUACAGGGGGGUGAGGCAGCGGCCGUGGGGCAAGUUCGCGGCGGAGAUCCGGGACCCCGCCAAGAACGGCGCGCGCGUGUGGCUCGGCACGUUCGACACCGCCGAGGACGCCGCCCUGGCGUACGACCGCGCCGCCUACCGCAUGCGUGGCUCCCGCGCGCUCCUCAACUUCCCGCUCCGCAUCGGCUCGGAGAUCGCAGCCGCCGCCGCCGCCGCAGCGGCAGCGGCAGCCGGCGACAAGCGGCCGUCGCCGGAGCCGGCGACCUCGGAGUCGUCCUUCUCCUCCUCAUCCUCCUGCACCACCACCACCACCUCCUCCUCAACCUCCUCCUCCGGCUCCCCGAAACGGAGAAAGAGAGGCGAGGCCGCGGCCGCGUCCAUGUCCAUGCCCCUGGUGCCCCCGCCUUCCCAGCUGAACUGGCCGGUGCAGGCAUGGUACCCCGCCGCCGCACCGGUCGAGCAGGUGGCGAUCACCCCGCGCGUGGAGCAGCUCGUCAUCUAAAGCGCGCGACGCACAGUGAAGCAAGCAAACCAAGCCAGCAAUGGUCGACGUCAUAUCACCUUGACGCCCCAACGGAUUGACCAGCGAGCACGAGCCAGCCAUUGCUUUGCACGGCGCGAGACGGCAAAGGGAUCAGGCGAUGGAACCCCGUGAGCGCGACGGCGCAAGCGAGCAGCAUCCCCGCGAAAGCUCCACCGGAUGCAAAAUUGCAAACGCGAUAAGCUCGCGGGUGCAACUGGUGAAAUUGGGUGGUGCAAUCGUGUGUGGGCGAGCUCUAGCAGAUAGUAGCGUGGUGGUGGUGGUGGUAUUGUUGUCCCGGCGCAACUCGCCCAAGUGGGGGGGUGAGGAGGAUACUCUGUGUCUACUAGCGUGUUCUUGUCAGGGAAUGCACGGUGUCGUCAAGUGUGCAAAUCCUAAGGGUCAUAAUUCGCGUCAUUGUCACUAGUGGAUCACCCGAGUGAGUUUGUGAGGGUUUCAGUGAAAAAAAAAAACUGUACAAACGAUGUCUUGUGGUGUGGAGAAGCAGCAGAGAUGAAGAACAAUCAAUCA